GCGCGCUGCCCGCACGGUCGCCCGCGCCUGGCCUUUAUAAGGCACAGCGCGGCCCCGGCUCGCUCAGUUUGUCUCGCGCAGCGAUCCGAUCACAUUGACAUGGGACAGCGUAGCUGACUUGACGAGCAAAGCAUCGCGACCGCCCGGUAUUGCUUCCGUAGCACGGUACAGUGCCGGUCAGCCGCGACGUACUUAUCUAACUGCUAGGACGUACACUUUUUACUUAGGAGUAGUUGCGCUAAUCGAUACUUCCGUAGCACGGGAUAUCUUUUUGGCAUUGCACUACGUUUCGUAUGCAUGUUAGGUUAAGUAAACCGUAAGUUGUAACAUUUGUACUAGUACUAGCUAGGAACUACUACAAGCGGUUGGUAGUAGUAAAAAGAAAACGUUACUUAGCAAAUGUCCCGCAAGAUUCAAUGGCAAUCGAAGUCCUACAGCAGUGGAAGCAUUCAUAUCAGGCGUUUCAACCUUUAAGGCUUGGAUUGGAAGACAACGCUAUUCUGGAGGGGCUACCCUUGAUAUUACAAGACGAUGCUGCAGUUUGGUGGCAAGGUGUUAAGCAUGAAAUAGAUACUUGGGAGGAAUUCGAAAUUCGUUUACGACACGCUUACGCACCAAAGAAACCUACCUAUGCAAUCCUACAGGAUAUUAUCGAGAUUAAGCAAGACAAAAAUACACCAACAGAGAUUUUCAUACAAAAGAAGCGAGCACUUAUUGCACAAUUACCACCACCUCGGCUUACAGAACAAUUUGAGAUAGAUAUGAUUUUUGGACAAUUACGUUUUGAGGUCAGGGAUAAAAUUAACAGAGACACAGUUACUACUUUUAAAGAGUUAUCUGAAAAGGCCAGACAUGUCGAACGCAGUUUAAGCGAAAGAGCAGCGAAGAUGGAAAAACCAGUAACCAGUCACAGCACCAAAUUGAAAUCACGCUGUAAUUCCUGUAGAAUACGAGGUCACACGGCUGAUGUUUGCAGGAAACAGUUGUUACCAAGAAACGAAGUGAACGAACAAGCUACUGAUAAAUCACAAGCGGGCCCAAAGGCUAAUCAGUCAGCAACAGCGUCAGUCACUCCUUUGGUUCCUGCAAAGCCAAAAUUCAAGUGUUAUGGUUGUGGUGAGCCAGGCGUUGUCCGCAGCCGGUGUCCGAAGUGCAAUAUUGAGAAAGUCAAGUUAGAAGAAAUUUGCUCAAUUAACUUAUCUGGAACACACCGAAGGCCUACAGUUCCCAUCAAGAUCGAUAACAUAGAAUCAAUUGGCCAUGUUGACACAUGUGCAAAAUUCAGUGUCUGUUCAUACCAAUUGUACCGAAGACUUUCAGACGAGGGAUACAAGUUUAAACAAGAAAGGAGAUAUAUAACCCUCGCAGAUGGUGUACCGAAGAUGCAAGACGUCCACACCAUCACCGUACCUAUCUGUGUGUAUGGUAAAACUGUACCUACACUACUUGUCGUGCUACCAGGACCCAGCAAUACGAAGACUUACUUAGGAGUGGACUAUAUAACCGACUCUCUGAUGGUCGUCAAUAUUCCUCAGCUCACAUUUCGAUUUUUAGAUGAGCCUUCCAAAGUUUUCGAUUUGAUCCAGGAAGACAUAGGAGAAACGCUUAUUAGUCAAAUAGUAUCUGAUCUUGCAUUGCCAGAACUACUCUCUCCACUACUCUCUCCAACUUUGUCGAUUCCAGAGAAAUGCAUGACUCCAAAACAAUCUACAUCAAUGACUGAAAUGAGUCUUGAGCGUCCAUAUGGACCUUCCUUCAGUAUUGGGUUAACCGUGUCCCCAAAGAUGGCCGUUAAGCGACAGCUUGAGCCGCAACUAGCUGAUGAAGCCUCUUCUACCUCUGCACAAAGCAUGAGUAUUAGCCAGCUACCACCUGAAAGGAUUCGUAAGAGUUAUGGACCUCUAAUACCAAUUGAACUGCGCACUCCACCUAAACGUCAACGUAAUGUUCUGCUCGAUGGUUACUCUCCUAUUAUAGAUGCCCUAAAGCAAGAUGCGAUGAGAGCUUUUCAGGAAGAUGACAUAAAGUUAUCACCUGUUUCCAGGAAUCUUUUUGGAUCUCGGAGCACAGAUAUUGCUUCUAUUGACAUAGCUGAACGAGUUCUCAGCUCUGAGGAAGAUAAACAGUUGAACGAAUUGAUAAGUCAACAUGAAGACAUUUUUAUUCCAAACGGAAAACCAACUACACAGACAGAGCAUGUGAUCGACACUGGAAGUCAUCGACCCAUCUCUGUGCCACCGUAUCGUUUACCGCCUGCAAAAACUGAAAUACUGAAGGAGAAGUCAGUAAAAUGCUUGAAGAGGGGAUAAUCAAACCAUGCCAGUCACCAUGGUCCGCACCUGUUGUUAUGGUUCCUAAGAAGGAUGGAGGAACAAGAGUUUGCGUCGAUUAUAGACAACUGAACGCUAUUACAACACCUGACGUGUAUCCCUUACCUCGCAUUGAUGAUCUAUUGCACAAUGCUAAACGAACGCCUUUCAUGUCUACUAUAGACCUGCGUGCUGGCUAUUGGCAAAUCAAAGUCAAAGAUGAAGAUCAAGCCAAAACUAGCUUCGUCACGCCAUUUGGCAUGUAUAUGUUUCUCCGCAUGCCAUUCGGACUCCGAAACGCACCAGCCACAUUCCAGAGACUCAUGGAUGGUUUCCGCAUAUCUUUGAGUCAUAUAAAACUCCUGGUUUAUCUCGACGAUCUCAUCAUUAUGUCUACAUCGUUUGAGCAAAAUUUAAAAGAUCUUCAAGAUGUAUUCGCUCGUUUGAAGGAGUAUAACCUUAACCUAACAGCGAAUAGAGAGAAGUGUAACUUUUGCGUCGCAAAGAUUAAGUAUCUUGGCCAUUACAUCACAGCGGAUGGACUGGAACUCGAUCCAGACAAGAUCAGUUCAAUUUUAAAGAUGCCCGCGCCUUCUAAUCUUAGACAUUUACUGUCAUUUAUACAAACGUGCUCAUAGUACCGAUGAUUCGUGCCAAACUUUGCUAAAGUUGCUGAGCCUCUCACACGCUUAACAAAGAAGAAUACAGAGUGGAAUUGGAAGAGCGAACAGUAGACUGCGUUUGUGACCUUGCGAAAACUCCUAGUUUCAGCUCCAGUUUUGGCACAGGCUGAUGAUUCUAAGCCUUAUAUAAUAAAAUCAGAUGCUAGUAGCUAUGCCAUCGGUGCAGUUUUAGUGCAGGGGGAGGGGGAUCAAGAACAUCCCGUCGAAUACGCUAGUCGGUUGUUAAAUCAGGCAGAGCGAAACUACUCGACUACUGAACGAGAAGCUUUGAGCGUAGUGUGGGCAGUAAAUAAAUGACUGAUCACCAAGCUUUAAGAUGGCUUAUGACGUUAAAAUCACCAACAAGUAGAUUAGCCAGAUGGGCUCUACAAUUGCAGCCAUUCGACUUGACCAUAAAAUAUAUACCCGGUCGCACAAAUGUUGUUGCCGACAUGUUGUCACGCCCUAACUGUGAUUUAGACAACAAGGAAAGUUGUGGAAUCUGUAGUGUUGUAGUAGAUGCACCUACAAAGAGUCCAAAAGAGAUAAGAGAGAAACAGUUGAAAGAUGAAGACAUAAAGAAGAUUAUCACAGCUUUAGAAGGAAGCUCAGUAGAAGAUGCAAGACACUGGAGUCAAAAGGGAUAUAUUAUGAACAACGGCAUAUUGUACAGAUAUAACCCUGACAGUGAUGCUGAGAACAGUCAGCUUGUUGUUCCAGUAGACGAGCAAAAAUAUGUUAUCUCUGUUUACCAUGAUGAGCCUACAGCAGGACACUACGGAGCAGAGAAAACCUUUAAUCGUAUCAGUAUGAGAUACUUUUGGAGAGGCAUGAGAAAGGACAUCGAGAAUUACGUCCGAAACUGUAUACCAUGCCAACGAUUCAAGCCUUCCAACAUGAAGCCAGCUGGACUACUUCAAACGACAGCUAUGAACAAAAGGUUUGAAGUCAUUGCCUUCGAUUUAUUUGGCCCGUUACCGACAUCAUCAGAUGGAAAGUCGUGGAUUUUAAUCAUCGAAGACUUGUGUACUCGGUGGGUUGAAUUAUUCGCACUAGAGAGUGCAACUGCUGAAAUUUGCGCAAUGACACUUAUCAACGAGAUUUUCUUGCGAUAUGGAAUGCCAAGAAGGAUGAUCAGUGACAAUGGUACACAAUUUGUCAGCGCUGUUAUGCAGCAAGUAACGUAUGUUCUCAAGAUCAAACAUGCGUUUACACCUGUGUAUCAUCCAGAGACCAAUCCCGUUGAACGGAAAAAUAGAGAUCUCAAGACGCAACUAGCCAUACUCGUAGGUGACAAUCAUCGUGUCUGGUCUGAUCAGCUACCAAGUAUUCGGUUCGCAAUGAACACAGCGACAGGUUCGAUCACUGGCCAUUCACCUGCUUAUCUGACAUUUGGCCGCGAAUUGAGAACCCCUGAUGAUAAUGAGCAUGAUUUAAGGGAGAUAAUUCUGUCAGAAAAUUUCAUUCCGGAAAUAACGCCGAAGUUAUUGACCCUAGCGGAAACGCUGAAAAGAGUAAGAGAAGUUCAGGAAAUGAAGGAGGAGAAGAGGAAAGAAUAUGUCGACAAAAGUAGAAGAAUUUGUCCAAAUUAUAAUAAAAUAGAAUAGAAGCGUUUAUUUGCAAGAAUACGUAGGUACAAGGUGUUACAUUAAAUAUUGUCACAGUAUUCAGCCGAAACAGCAUGCAAAUAUUAAAAUAUACUUAUAAUCUACUUAUUCUAAUCCCUAUAUGCUAAUAUGACAUAUUCAUAUAUUCCUUCACUGAAUAAAAACAAUUUUCUUGAAGCCACUUAGUCAAUACAUUCUUGAAUUCUAAAUCGUGCAAGAGCUUGAUACUAUCAGGUAGUUUAUUAAAAAUUUCUAUGCAAGUAUUGUAGGCAUUCCGUUUAUAUAUAUCCGCACGGCAGGGAGGCUGAUACAGAAGGGUCCUAUAUUGAGCUCUUUGGUUUCCUUUAUAAAUCUCUGAGCGUAACUUAAAAUAUUCCAUAUGAGUAUUUACAAAGAUACAAACUUUUUUAAUGAACAUGCACGCCAAAGGUAGAAUAUUGUGUUUUUUAAAAAUAGGUUUGCAACUAUCUGUGUACCACGCAUUUGUAAUUGCACGUACGCACUUUUUUUGCAGUAUAAAGGCCUUAUCAACAUGCACAGAAUUUCCCCAUAUUAAGAGACCGUAGUUUAAUGUUGACGACACAUAUCCAUAGUAGGCUGUCAUAGCAGCUUGUGUAGAAACAGUUUUUCCCAAUCUCCUUAAUGCGUAUACAAACCGAUCCAACUUUGUACAUAUUGAUUCUAUAUGUUUCUUCCAGUUUAAAUGGGUAUCUAUGUUUAAUCCUAAAAAUUUUGUACAACUUGUCUGUUCCACAGGUAUUUCAUUGUAUUUAAUAUUUAUAUGUCUUGAAUUUGAAUUAUAAGAAUGAAAUUGCAUACAUUUUGUCUUAGUCAGGUUAAUUUUAAGAUUAUUAUUAUUUGUCCAUGUGUAAAUGUCUGAUAAUGCAUUGUUAAUCAUAAGCCUGGAGAUCGAGUGAUGGUAGAAAGCCACGCCGUUAGUAAAACCGCUCAAGGAUUUAGUGCAAAGCUCGCGCCUCGGAGAGAUGGUCCCUACACAAUCCUCAGCAGUCAUGGACUAAGUUCCUUCCAUAUUGCCGACCCUAGCCAUCCGAACUGUAGUAUUGGAUUGUAUCACGCCUCAGCAUUGCGCCCAUACCAAUGCGAUAAAGAUAGCCCAUUGCCAUCGCCAUCGCAAGAGCGGUCGUCCUCCAAAGAAACCUGUAGCCAAGGAAACAUCCCAACGCACUUCGCGCCCGCGUGGUCGUCACCUCGUCAACAUGAUUAUCUGGCUUCCUCGCCGAGACGUCUUCAAAGCCAGAGGGGGAGAUUAUAAUGCAACGUAAAAGAAACCACCGCGCGGAGUAAUAAUAUUAGUCAAACGUGUUACUUGAUGCGCCCGGUAUCGUAGGAACUCGCCUUACCCCGCGCGCGCGCAGCCCGCACGGUCGCCCGCGCCUGGCCUUUAUAAGGCACAGCGCGGCCCCGGCUCGCUCAGUUUGUCUCGCGCAGCGAUCCGAUCACAUUGACAUGGGACGGAGUAGCUGGCUUGACGAGCAAAGCAUCGCGACCGCCCGGUAUUGCUUCCGUAGCACGGUACAGUGCCGGUCAGCCGCGACGUACUUAUCUAACUGCUAGGACGUACACUUUGUACUUAGGAGUAGUUGCGCUAAUCGAUACUUCCGUAGCACGGGAUAUCUUUUUGGCAUUGCACUACGUUUCGUAUGCAUGUUAGGUUAAGUAAACUGUAAGUUGUAACAUUUAGUUAGUCUUUUUUGUUAUGUUGUGCCUUUAAAUAGUUUCAUACGCUAAGUUCUAGUUUGCCGCUUAUUUGUUAAAGUCUUAACAUAAACUCUGUUGACUUGUUUUGCAUAUGUUUGAUUUUCUAAACGCUUAGCAUUAUUUUAGUUUCGCUUGCUCUGCACUAUUAUUUUUCAUUGUAAACUUCGCUAGCCUUGUCUGAUGUUAAUGUUUGCACAAUAAUAAUUUACGCUUGUUGCUUAAUGUUUAGGUUUGUUAUUUUUUUACUUUUAGUACUAGAUUGCCGUACUUUUCUGAUAAAAUUUACUGUGAAACAUUCAUUUCAUUGCUUUUAGUUUUGUAAUUUCUUAGUUUUAGCUAACGCUUGUCAUACUGUUCCUGUAAUAUUUACUGUGGUGCGAUUUUCUUGACAAUAAACGUCUCGAACUCU